AUGACGGACGCGCACGACGAUUUGCUCCAGUGCGUGCUGCAGUUGGCCGCCAGUAGCGACAAGCUCUGCGCGACGAAUGCGCUGCUUGGAUCGUACUUAACGCGGAUGCGGCAAGCGCUGCCGGCGUCUGGACUGCCCCGUCUGACGUCGAAAUUGGCAGUUGUUGCUGCAACAUUGGAGCCAGAUAAUCGUACUUUAGAGGAGACGUUCCAAGAAACGCACGACGUGGGACUCGAGUCGGCCGAGCGGCUGGAGAUCUCCAAGUCACGGCUGGAGAAGGAGCUGCGAAGGCGGUCGGAGCGCUUUCGGGACCUCGUGACGAGUCGAAAUACGGACAUUCAGGAAGAGUAUGCGCGAAUGCUUCAGGAGCUGGACGAUCAAGCCGAGUUGCUGGAUCAAGAGAUUCGAAAAGAAAAAGAAGGAACUGCAGAUCGAGCGAAACGACGGCGCGAGGAAGCCGUGGAGAGAAAAGCGAGGAAGAAACAGUACUUGGGUGAACAAAGUGCGCAACUGCGAGCACAGUUGGACGAGUUUACGCUGGAGAUCAGGCACCAGCAGCGAGUGUUUGCAACGCUGGAAGAAGAGAAUGAAAAUCAGGAGGACGAGGACGAUCGUGGUGAGGUUCAGAGUGCAGAGGAACGGCGCCAACUUGAAGAAGAGCGUGCUCAAAACGAAAUCGUGGAGCUGCAGCAGGAAAUCGUGCUGCUGAAGGAGGUGCAGAAGGCGACUGCCGAGAAACUUGACACGCAAUCACUUAAGACGCAAUACGAGGAACAAAAGCACGAAGCGCUGGAAGAACUCGCUCAUCUCGAAACGUUGGUGGAAAACCUUGCGCCUCAGAUAAAAACGAAUGGAAUCCGAUUGCACUCGCUUCUACGGACGCUUGCUCCCUCUCCGGUCAUCGGGACGCUCAUGACACGCAUCUAUCAACAGCUGAGCAGCGAUCCCGUAGCACCGUCAACGGAGACUGAGUCGCCUCCGGCACCACGGAAAACGGUCGACCUGAAAGAGUUUCUCAGUAGCUGCCCAAGUUGUGAGGAAGGCAGCCGAGCGAUAAACGAGCUCAAGAAGCUGCAGCUCGUACAUUGCUAUGGACCUGCCGGAAUCGUCGCGUUGGCAAAUUAA